AUGCCGGUUAAAUUUGACCGAACUUUGUAUAACGGGCACAACGGCUACAACCCGGUCACCGGGAUAUUCACCUGUCCCGUGUCGGGCAUCUACUACUUUGCCUACCACGUGCAUGUCAAAGGGACCAACGUCUGGGUGGCGCUUUAUAAGAACAACGUGCCCGCCACCUACACGUACGACGAGUACAAAAAGGGCUACCUGGACCAGGCCUCGGGCAGUGCCGUGCUUGAACUAAAGGAGAACGACCAAGUCUGGGUACAAAUGCCCUCGGACCAGGCCAACGGGCUGUACUCCACGGAAUACAUCCACUCGUCCUUCUCCGGGUUCCUGCUUUGCCCCACAUAA